GGACCAAACGUUAACCAUAUCACAAUGUUCAUGAAGCAUGCCACAUCAUCAAUUUUAAAACAUCUCUAUGAUACGAAUACCUGGUAGCAUUGAAAGUGUGGUAUGUUAACUUGGAUUUGUCCAUUCGUUUGGAUUCUUGGUGACGGGGAAAUGUAUCAUUCAAGUGUAUCGAGACUCCUCCGAAUUACUCGGGGUCAAGAAAGUUCCCAGGCCCAAUGGAUCCUACAGCAGUACCGCAAGAAUACGAAGGUCAAGAGAAGAUUGAAGUUGGCGUUUCAUUGAAGAAUCAGAGCGCAGUUCCGCAGAUCAAUAGAAACAAUACCUUCCCAGUUUCUACAUCGAUAGAGGUCAAUUCAAAUACAGUCUCAACAUCCCAUAUACCACUAUUUCUCAACCAAUAAUCUUCCGAGUCGAAAGAAGUAAUUUCGAAAUUUCCAUACCGUCCAAUUUUACAUCACACUGAGCAAUCAUAUCCGCAUUCAUGUUAACAUCAAAAUGACGUCCCGGCUUUCACCAACCAAAAGAGAAUAACCUCCAGUACUGUAUCGGAUCCCAACUCGCAUGGCAAUUACAUGUAUGGUUCGAACGAUGAAAUUGAACAAUACCUUCUGUGUGGCGAGCUGUUAAGAGUCUGUGAACACAGCACAGAAUCGAAAGCAAGCUGGCUCAACAGUACAUUCAAUAAAUCACCGGAAUGGAGUUCUACACGAACGACAUGACGAAUAUGACAAUACACAACGCGAAAUCCUCAACUACAAGACCAAUUACGGAAAAUUUUCCAGCCAUUCCCGACCUCAGUUGUUCAAGAUUCUUCGCUACGAUCCGGUACAAGAUUCCGAAGAAGAGGAGCUAUGCACAUUACCAACCGAGUGAAUCGAUCAAGGGCUUCUACGAAUAUAUAGUUGUUUGAUCUGACGUUGACAGGAUAACUAGAACUAGUCAAGCUCGAGCCAAUUCAAUAUGUGCCGUCGACAGUGGGUAAAGUGGAGAUUAAACAUCAAAAAUGAUUCGCACCCAGGGGAUGAACAUCUUGUUCCCAUUGUGACGGCUGUGCUGGACACGGUGCGGCAACUUUAGAAAGAGGUGUAAACAUCUGAAUGAUAUUCGAUUAGGUGGGAGGGCGCGUGGAUAAAUACAAUAGGAAUAAUGCA